UGUCAGUGAGAUAAGAUAAGAGGACGGCUGGGCUUCCGCAGGUGCGUCUUUCCGCGGAGUUAAAGCCACGUCGGCGAAUGAAAGCGGUCCCUAAAGGGCUGGAAAAUGACGCAAAUCAUGCUUUAUUCGUUUUUUUAAAGUUGUGGCUGCUUGUUUGAAAUUGCCACAAAUUUUACUCUGGUUUGUAAAUCUCCCGGCUGGGUGUUAGAAAUUGUCAGACGGAGUAGGCCUCUGUCAUGCCUCGGACUCGCGUAAGAACGUAGGCGGCCCCCGAGAGCUUUGGUCCGGCGAGACUUCGUGCCGUGAAAGCGUCUGUUUAAAAAAGGUAAUGGACAUAAGGACUUAGAGACAUGAUUGCACCAGACAGAAAGGAUUUUGUGUCUCUAGCAGUAGACGAAAGCCGGUCUUAUACGAACGGCAAACGGCGCAAGCAAUCCUACUGGAGGAAAUGGAAGCAGUUGUCCAGCCUGCAGCGCAGCCUUAUCCUGUUCGUUCUGGUUCUCCUCCUGAUCAGUGGGUUCACCGUGUACCCCGGGCUCCUGACGCAUUGGCGAGCUCAGUCAGACACAGCAGAAGGAAGGAACGAUGGUGAUGAAGUGCAGGCGCAUAUCGAGAGGAAUGGUGGAGACAACGUUAUUCUGCCCGAGCCCCCUUCAGAGAGAAAAGGUUUUCGGAAGCGAGGACCACCUGCCCUGCAGAACCGCUUACAGAAAAAAGGAAAUGAUUCUGAGCUACAGGGAGUGGCGUUGAAGAUGAUGAAGGAGGAUGGGAACAAGUUGUUAGUCAGCUGGCAUGGUUCUGUUUUCAAGUUGGGUGAAGACACGAAUGAUAAGAAAGCGAUACAGCCCGAGUCCACGGACACCUCAAUAGCUGAGAGCAGGCAGGAGGCCGUGAGGGAGGCUUUCCGCCAUGCCUGGAAAGGAUACAAAGAAUUUGCCUGGGGUCAUGAUGAGCUCAAACCCAUUUCUAAAUCUUACACUGAAUGGUUUGGACUGGGGCUGACUCUUAUUGAUGCACUGGACACUAUGUGGAUCCUGGGGCUGAAAAAAGAGUUUGAGGAAGCCAGAGAGUGGGUGGCAACACAUCUGUCUUUUGGGAAAAAUGUAGACGUGAACCUGUUCGAAAGCACCAUCCGUAUUCUGGGCGGCCUGCUCAGCACUUACCAUCUGACCGGUGACUCCUUGUUCCUCGAGAAAGCUAAAGAAAUUGGCUCCAGGUUGAUGCCUGCCUUUGGCACACCGUCGAAGAUUCCAUACUCGGACGUGAACAUCGGUACUGGUGUAGCUCAUCCGCCACGCUGGACCUCCGAUAGCACUGUCGCCGAGGUGACCACCAUCCAGCUGGAGUUCCGCGAACUGAGCCGACUAACCGGAGACCCCAAAUACCAGAAUGCAGUAAUGGAGGUAAUGAAGCAGGUACACAAGCUGGAAGGGAAGCACGAUGGCCUGGUGCCCAUGUUCAUCAAUACCAACAACGGACAGUUCACCCAUCUCGGUGUGUACACGUUGGGUGCCAGAGUUGACAGCUACUAUGAAUACCUGCUCAAGCAGUGGAUCCAGGGAGGCAAGACAGAGAAAGAUCUGUUGGAGGACUACAUGCAGGUAGUGGAAGGGAUCAAAAAGAACCUCCUGAAGAAAUCUUCUCCUCUUGGUCUUACGUUUGUAGGAGAGCUGUCUCACGGACACUUCAGCCCCAAGAUGGAUCAUUUAGUGUGCUUCCUGCCUGGCACGCUGGCCCUGGGGGCACACAACGGCCUGCCCGUCGAGCACAUGGAGCUGGCACAGCAGCUGAUGGAGACCUGCUACCAGAUGUACGCACAGAUGGAAACGGGCUUGAGUCCUGAGAUCGUGCACUUCAACAUGCAGCCAGGCAGCACCCAGGAUGUGGAUGUUAAACCUGCAGACAGACACAACCUGUUACGGCCUGAAACCGUGGAAAGCUUGUUCUACCUCUACCGGUUCACCAAGGACAAGAAAUACCAAUCUUGGGGAUGGGAGAUCUUUCAAAACUUCAACAAAUACACUAGGGUGGAUUCCGGCGGUUACACGUCCAUCAAUAACGUGCGAGAUCCACAGUCUCCCAGUCCUCGAGACAAGAUGGAGAGCUUCUUCCUGGGCGAGACUCUUAAAUAUUUCUACCUGCUGUUUUCAGACAACUUGGACCUUAUUAACCUGGACAAAUACAUCUUUAACACCGAGGCCCAUCCUUUACCCAUAUGGCCAAAGACUAACUGAUCUCUCUCUCUCUCUCUCUCUCUCUCUCUCUCUCUUUCUCUCUCUCUCUCUUUCUCUCUCUUUCUCUCUCUCUCUCUCUCUCUCUCUCUCUCUCUCUCUCUCACUUACUUCUCUCAGGGCUUUUUCAGACAGACUUCUAGAUUCCUUUGAUCAAAACUGCCUUGUUUCUUUUUCCUUUUUUGGGAACAAGAAUCUUUUCCUAAGACUUUAAUUGGUGACCAUUUCUACCAAAGUCACAAAACACAAGUACAAAUCAGAAUAUGGACUGAUUAAGCGCCGUGCUUCAUUUAUUACAGCGUAAAUCUUCGCUUUGCUCUUCAGUUUAAUUAUGAGAACAGAGUCCGGUCUCUCUGCUGUGGCUGAUCAAUCAUAUCCAGCAUGACUGCUUCACUCCUCACCAUCCAGUGUCAGAGAAGGAGGCUUCAGAGUCGAACACAACAUGAUUACAGCCUAAGCCACAGCCCAGUAGAGCACAGCGAGUGAAGGGAAAACGGGCACAAAUUACACUGUCGUUUAGUCACCGUAAUAUUUCUCCGUUCAAAUCUGUGUAGUCCCAAGAGUCCAAUUCGCUUUAAAACUGUGAACCGUUUUGUACAGACUGUGAGCACUUUAUGGUGUAAACCCUACCCAAGUCCCUUUUGCCUUCGAUCUGUUUAGUGUCACCUUUUUCUUUCCUUUUUGAAUUUUUAUCCCUUUAAAAUGAAAGUUUGUGUACUAUUUUAUAUAAUUCUAUAUAUUUUUGACUCGAUCACAGUGAUCACUGCCAUUCCUGUAUGUAUGGGAAGUAUCUUUUGUUCUUCUUUUUCCAUACAUGUGUCUUUUUUUUUUAUAAUACUACCUGACCCUAUUUCAGGAGGAGUCUAGGUGGUGGGAUACGCUUAAAAAACGUGGACCAGUAAUUCAUCAAUCAAUUUUCCCUAUGAUUCCCUCGCCCCCUGAGCUCCAAUGGGCUUAGAUGUUGUUUUCAGGAGCCAGUUUGUGGAAAAAAGACGGACCGAGUAAUAACUGAAUUCUGUCUUGAUUUUCCUUAACACCACAGCGCUGUCGAGUUCUCGCAUCUCAUUGGUUAGGCUUUUGGCGCUUCAUUUCGAUAAAAGUAGCUUGCAGUUGACGUUAAAGCUCACCACAGGUUUAUAUUUGAUGCACUAAAUGUCAUGGUUUUGUUUUUUUGUGUUAGACUAAUAAUCUACUGAUUCCAACUUUUUCUUUUGAGUUUUUGUCGUGUUAAUGAAUUAGAGGUUUUCUUUAAGGCUGUUUGUUUUUUUUUUUCACGCUUCUGGAAGGAGUCUCGUCUGGCAGCACUUUAACAAUUAAGUUUUUAGAAAAAGUCUUCAGGACAGAAACUCAUUAGCUGGUUAUAGCAGUUUAUAGCUGUCGUACCGCUGGUUAAAAACAGGAACUUGCUUGUUUGUUGGCAUUAAAACGUUAAAUGGAACUAUAAACUGUAUGUAUUUUUUAGUUCAGUAAUAUUUGGGUAGUUUGCGCUGUGGUGGAGGAAUAAAAGGACCUGCAGUGCAUUACAGCACUCUGUGGUCCAUUUCUUUCCCAGUAACCUUUAUUUCUAGAUCAUUCUUAUCAGGUGCCAUUAGUGUUGUCUUUUUCUAACAUAAUAGACGUGACCUCUGUGACAGCACAUAUCCUUAUUCAUAUGAAGAGGGUGGACCACGGUGGGUUUAGUAGCUGCAUCUCCCUCGUUACAGCCGACCCAGUGCUCAGAGCCACGGACUGAAAAAGUGCGACUUGUGUGGUGUUCUGCUUGUGCCUUUUGAAUCUCUCCUGAGCAAUGAAAAUGAAGUCUAUUUUGAUUCCCAAGACUCAUGUUUUGUAUUGAAAUGUCAUAUAUACCAUAAAUUUCGGUGUGGUUUUAGCGUGUACCUAUUUGUUGUAGAUACUGAGAAAUCGGUUUCUUUUUUUUUUUGUGUUUAUUUAUGAUUUGAAUUCAAUCGUUAUAGAAAUCUAUCCCUGACGGCAGCUCACAUGCAUUUUCUAGUCAUGUGUUAAUCUGCUUAUUUUACAUUUUUACAAAUACAAUUAAGGGCUUUGUGUAUAAAGGUGUGUAUAUAUAUUCCCCCCUCAUUGAUGAUUGGGCAGGUUUCUUAAAUUAUUAUUGUCUAGACAAUGACCAAAGCCAGCAGUGUAUGUUGCUGUAAAUGAGAAAAUGAAUCGGUCGCGGUUGAUGGAGUGCUGAAAACGUGUGUAACGUGUUGAGCUUGUGCAAAAGAAAAGCAUUGGUCAAUAAACUUUUUGGAAAUCUCUUGUAAAGAGAUAUAAAUGA